UUCAACUCUCAACAAAAUUGUCAAGUGAUCACAGUUUAUCUCAAAAAGCCCACGAAUGUAGUUUAUACUAUGAAAAUACAUUUUCAGUAAAUUGAGACAUUUUGUUUGGAGAAUAUUUCGUUCGGAUGGCUAGGAAAGUCACCAGAAAAUUGCCACCUUGUUUUGAAAAAGGAAUGAGAGAGUCUGGUCUUGAUGAGAUGAAGUUUCCUGGGAAAAUAUAUUAUUGUUCACACAUAGAUGAAUGUAAUGUUAUUUGUAAUGAGCUGAGGAAUGAUGUUGAGUCAGUUGGUUUUGAUAUUGAGUGGAAAGUGGCAUUCACAAGUGAAGUUAGAAAAACUGCUUUGAUUCAAGUGUGCCCUUCAAAAAAGAUUUGCUAUCUGUUUCAUCUAUCAAUGAUGAAUAAUUUCCCUUCUGAAUUGAAAUAUAUCCUUGAAUGUGAAAAUAUCCUGAAAGUUGGAGUCGGAAUACAUAAUGACAUGCAGAAACUCAAGAAAGAUUUUGAAAUUAAUGCCAAUGGAUAUUUAGAACUUUCUGAUUUUGCCAACUCCAAGCUUAAGUCAUCUGAGAAAUGGAGUUUAAAGGGACUUGUCCUGAACUUGGUGAGUUAA